CGACCCCGGACCGCGACCCCGCACCGAGACCCGGCACCGAGACCCCGCACCGCGGCCGGCCAUGUCGGUGGUGGGGCUGGACGUGGGCUCGCAGAGCUGCUACAUCGCGGUGGCCCGGGCCGGGGGUAUCGAGACCAUCGCCAACGAGUUCAGCGAUCGCUGCACCCCGUCGGUCAUAUCAUUUGGAUCAAAAAACAGAACAAUUGGAGUUGCAGCUAAAAAUCAGCAAAUCACACAUGCAAACAAUACGGUGUCCAACUUCAAGAGGUUUCAUGGUCGAGCAUUCAGUGACCCUUUCAUCCAGAGGGAGAAGGAAAACUUAAGUUACGACUUGGUUCCAAUGAAAAAUGGUGGCGUUGGAAUAAAGGUGAUGUACAUGGAUGAAGAACAUCUGUUCAGCGUGGAGCAGAUAACAGCCAUGUUGUUGACUAAGUUAAAGGAAACUGCUGAAAACAAUCUGAAGAAACCAGUGACAGAUUGUGUUAUCUCGGUCCCUUCCUUCUUCACAGAUGCCGAGAGGCGGUCUGUGCUAGAUGCGGCUCAGAUUGUUGGCCUGAACUGCUUGAGACUCAUGAACGACAUGACUGCUGUUGCUUUGAAUUAUGGGAUUUAUAAACAGGACCUUCCAGGCCUGGAUGAGAAACCUCGGAUAGUGGUUUUUGUUGAUAUGGGGCACUCAGCGUUCCAAGUGUCUGCCUGUGCUUUUAACAAGGGAAAACUGAAGGUCUUGGGAACAGCUUUUGACCCCUUCUUAGGAGGGAAAAACUUCGAUGAAAAGUUAGUGGAACAUUUUUGUGCAGAGUUUAAAACCAAGUACAAGUUGGACACAAAGUCCAAAAUCCGAGCGCUGCUUCGCCUGCAUCAGGAGUGCGAGAAGCUGAAGAAGCUCAUGAGCUCCAACAGCACAGACCUGCCGCUGAGCAUUGAGUGCUUCAUGGACGACAGAGACGUGUCAGGGAAGAUGAGCAGGUCACAAUUCGAAGACCUCUGCGCUGAGCUUCUGCAGAAGAUAGACGUGCCGCUUCGUGCACUGAUGGAGCAGACACAGCUGAAAGCAGAAGAUGUGAGUGCCGUUGAGAUAGUGGGAGGCGCUACGCGAAUCCCAGCCGUGAAGGAAAAAAUCGCCAAGUUCUUCGGGAAAGACGUCAGCACCACGCUUAACGCAGAUGAAGCGGUAGCUCGAGGCUGUGCGCUCCAGUGCGCUAUCCUUUCUCCAGCUUUCAAAGUUAGAGAAUUUUCCGUCACCGAUGCAGUUCCUUUUCCGAUAUCUCUGGUCUGGAACCACGACUCGGAAGAUACUGAAGGUGUCCACGAAGUGUUUUACCGAAACCACGCUGCUCCUUUCUCCAAAGUUCUCACCUUCUUCAGAAGAGGGCCUUUCGAGCUGGAAGCUUUCUAUUCUGAUCCUCAAGGAGUUCCGUAUCCAGAAGCAAAAAUUGGCCGCUUCGUGGUUCAGAAUGUUUCUGCCCAGAAAGAUGGAGAAAAGUCUAAAGUGAAAGUCAAGGUGCGGGUCAACACCCACGGCAUUUUCACCAUCUCGACAGCAUCGAUGGUGGAGAAAGUCCCCACUGAGGAGAGUGAAGCAUCCUCUGUGGAAGCGGACCUGGAGUGUCCGAGUCAGAGGCCACCGGGGAACCCUGACAGCGAGAAAAAUAUCCAGCCAGACAACAGUGACGCUGGAGCACAGCCCCAGGUACAAACUGAUGGUCAACACACCUCCCAGUCUCCCCCUCCACCUGAACUUACCUCAGAAGAAAACAAAACCCCAGAUGCUGACAAAGCAAAUGAAAAGAAAGUUGACCAGCCUCCAGAAGCUAAAAAACCUAAAAUAAAGGUGGUGAACGUUGAGCUACCUAUCGAAGCCAACUUGGUCUGGCAGUUAGGGAAAGACCUUCUCAACAUGUAUAUCGAGACAGAGGGUAAGAUGAUAAUGCAGGACAAACUGGAGAAAGAAAGAAACGACGCGAAAAAUGCAGUGGAGGAAUAUGUGUAUGAGUUCAGGGACAAACUGUAUGGACCAUAUGAAAAAUUCCUAUGUGAGCAGGAUCAUCAAAAUUUUCUGAGACUCCUCACAGAGACUGAAGACUGGUUGUAUGAAGAAGGCGAGGACCAGUCUAAACAGGCCUAUGUGGACAAACUGGAGGAGUUAAUGAAAAUAGGCACUCCAGUUAAACUCCGGUUCCAAGAAGCUGAAGAACGGCCAAAAACUCUGGAAGAACUAGGACAGAGGCUGCAGCACUACGCCAGGAUAGCAGCUGACUUCCGAAACCAGGAUGAGAAGUACAACCAUAUUGACGAGUCUGAGAUGAAGAAGGUCGAGAAGGCCGUUAACGAAGCGAUGGAGUGGAUGAACAAUGUCAUGAAUGCCCAGGCUAAAAAGAGUCCUGAUCAGGACCCAGUUGUGCGUGCUCAGGAAAUAAAAGCAAAGAUAAAGGAAUUGAACAACACCUGUGAACCUGUCGUAACACAACCCAAACCAAAAAUCGAAUCGCCCAAACUGGAAAGAACUCCAAAUGGCCCAGAUGCGGAUAAGAAUGAUGAAGACAUAGAAGGCAAAAGUCACUUCAGUGCUGAACCCCCACAUCAGAACGGUGACUGCUACUCUGAUGAGAAGAACUCCAUCAACAUGGACUUGGACUAGAUGACGUUAAAUUAAGUAUUUUUGCCAUAGUAUGUGAUUCUACAUAGCAUACUGAGACUAUUUAUAUUUUCUUUUUUAAGAAUGUUUAGGAAUUUUGUGUAUUAUAUGGAAAAAGAAAAAGCUUAUGUCUGUAGUCUUUAUGAUCCUAAAAGAGAAAAUUGCCUUGGUAACUUUCAGAUUCCUGUGGAAUUGUAAAUUCAUACCAAGCUUCUGUGCAGUACUGCCGUUUGCAUCCCUGAGGGUGAAACUGACCUUGGUCUUCAGGAGGAAGAAAAAGCAAACUGCACUGCUUGUUCAGGAGGGUCGUGAUGGAGUCAUUGGGCGUUGGUUCCUGCCAAGGCAGUUUUCUUGCAUCUUGCUCUCCGUCUCAGCAUGUGUGUGGGUGUGGAUGUUUAUACACAAGAUUAUGCCUCCUUCCGUAAGGGCUUUCUAACAUGAAUUCUCUCCAAUAGAACAUGACUUUUUGCUUUGAUAUUAAAAAUUCAACAGCUAGUGAAAUGUGUUAGCAGCAUGCAAAACAAAAAACUUUAAACUCUCUAUCUUGCUAUCCAGUCCAUUGUCACGUGAAGGUGUGAACGUGAGGUGUUGACCCUGUUACAGCUGACAUUGUGGAGCCUGUGAUGAGCUUUAAAAUAAAGUUCACUCAUGGUGUCAUUUCUAAA